AGCAAAAGAUAGAAAUCGUUCAUUACUUCAAAUCGAAGACGCACGUAAGCGUAAGCAUGUCAAGAUUGACCGAUCUCAUCGAAUUGGCCGUAACGGAGAAGGCAAGAGCUGCUUCCCUGAAUUGAAGAAGGCAAGAGCUGCGGGAAAACAAUCAAGAAUUGUUAAGGAUAAAUUGAUUAUUGAAGGGCAAGUUUUUAAUAAUACUAAUACAC